CCAGCCAGCAUGAUGAGAAGAGUUGUAGUAGUGGUAUACUUCGCUAUGCUUGUGCUAGUACUGGUAGCACAAGCUCAUCAAUUUGAGGAGUCCUCUUCUUCGACAGGACAAUUAGCACCAAUCUCUUCUGUCGCUUCCCUACCUGGAGAUGAGGGCAAGAGUAAACCUCCGGCUCCCGGUCGUGCUUGUGAUGGAAUAUAUACAUGUCCUGCAAAGUGUUGGGUGUUUAGACAUGACCCAAAGCAUUAUGUGGUUUGUGUAGAACUUUGUAAGAAACAUUGCAAAGACGGUGGCCCGGCUCUCUCAGAUGACAUCUAUACUUGUACCCUAGCUUGUGCUGACUCCAUGCCCACCAGGCAGCUUGACUCAGAUCAUGCAGUUGGAGGAGAUUAUGUGGAAACCUGUUUCCAAAAGUGCAAGAAGAAUCGUUAGCAUCAUGUGGUGCAUGCUGUUGAACAUUUACUUGUAAUAAAACUUAAAACAAUGAUGAUCAGAUAUAUGAAUCUAAUUUUAAGUGUUAGCUUAAUUUCAAUAGUACUGUGGAAUUGAAAG